AUGGGAAAAAAUAAAAAUAAGAAAAGUAAAUUGAAGUUAUUUAAGGAUGAUGGUAUACCAUCAACUUCACUGAAAAACUAUACAGGAAUAGGAACUGUAAUAUUUUAUCCUUGUAAAAAUUAUAAGACACAAGAAAAAUAUUAUGGAAAUUUUUUACUUGGAAAAAAACAUGGAUAUGGGGAAUAUGAAUAUUUUAAUGGAGAUCUUUAUCAAGGGACAUUUGAACACAAUAAAAAAAAUGGGAUAGGAACAUAUUUUUAUAAUAAUUAUACAAACAAAAGAAAAGGAAAUAAAAAGAUCAGAGAAAAAAGGCAAUAUAGUGAUAAUGAUAAAAGCGAAAAUGAGUCAAAUGAAAGUAGAUCAGAAGGAAAAAAAUCCAAGAGUAGUGAAAAUUUAGACAACACAGAGGAAAGCCAAAGUGAGGAAAGCCAAAGUGAGGAAAGCCAAAGUAAGGGAAGCCAAAGUAAGGGAAGUCAAAGUGAGGAAAGCCAAAGUAAGGGAAGUCAAAGUGAGGAAAGCCAAAGUGAGGAAAGCCAAAGUGAAAGAAGCCAAAGUGAGAGAAGUCAAAGUAAGGGAAGCCAAAAUGAUGAGAACCCAAAUGAGGGGAGCCAAAGUGAGAGAAGCCCAAAUGAAGAAGGGGAAAGUGAGGGAAGCGAAGAAAGAGGAAGCAAAAAAAAUAGUGAAGAGGAAUGCAAUAAAAAAAAGAAAAAACUAAGUGAAAAGUUGUUAAGUCUUAUGCAAGAUUCGAAUAAAUUGAAGGCCAAAAAAAACAUUACAUGCAGUACAAAUGAAGGGAAAAGUUAUUAUUAUGGAAACUAUUCCAACGGGAUGAAGCACAAUGAAGGGUUGAUGGUAUAUAAAAAUGGAGACAUAUAUGUAGGUACUUGGCGAUUUGGAAAAAAAAAUGGAUAUGGAAAAUAUAUUUAUAAAAAGUGCAAAAGUGUAUUAGAGGGAUAUUGGGAAAAUGGGUAUUUAUCUCAUGGGAAAUGGAUAUUACCAAAUGGAACAUAUUUUAUUGGAAACUUCAAAAAUAAUAAACCAACGGGUGACGGAAUAUGGUAUUUUAAGGACGGGGCACAAUUAAAUGUUCAUUAUUAUAAAGACGAAAAGAAAUCUAAAAAAAAAAACGAACAAACAAAUAAAACGAGUGAUCCGAAUGUUUGUUUGAACUGUAAGCCAUUAUACAUCACAUAUACUAGAUCCUCAUUUUGA